UAUAUGGUGAAUUUUUCAUGAAUUCUCAUUCUUGUGUCACUUUUGUUCAGUGUGUUCGAAUAUUAUCGAUUUUGAAAUAGGAUAUGGAAAAAGCAAUCAAUUCAGUCAAGCUAAGCCAGCCCUCCAGCAGAAAGAUGAAUAAAGCAGCAUUUAACAAGAGCAUUUCCAAAACUGAUAAGUUGGUUAAGCUGUAUAAGCAAUUGAGAGUGGCGAUAACGAAAUUGGAGAAACGAGAAAUAUCAUUUGGUGAAGAUUACGAUGAACAAUUUGAAGAGAAUUGCAACAGACGUCUGCUGAAACUUACGCAAAAACAUUUACGAAUUCAUAAAUAUUUGGUUCGAAAAGGGAUUUUCGUUAAUGAUACAGGCGAGACCAUUCUUCCUGACGUGAAGCCAAAACUGAUAAUAACUUCGACCGGUGUUGAAGACUUGAACAUCCUUUUGACUGAAUAUGUUAACCAAGAAACUGAUUCUGAAGUUCUGGGCUGUAAAAUACGAGUACCUUACAAGCAUGUUACUGUAAACGAUGUGAAGAUGUUGGUAGACAAACUGAAAGGAACAAACACACAGCUUUUUCGAGAUGACCCUUUAGAAUUCGAUCAAUUGAUUCAAAAUAUUGCAUGCGAAGUAAAUAAAUUGGUGAAGCGAUUUAUUGAAGAUAAUCAUCGGAUAGGUCUUGUUGACUGGACGAUUUCAGAUCACGAAAGCGAAUGCGGAAAAUCGCCAUCUACAUCAGCUGAUACAGAAGGCAAAGAAGAAUAUGCGUUGAGUGUUCCAACCUGGGAUAUUGCUAAUAUGGAAUUGCAUGAGGCAUGUAGUCGAGGUGAAUUAGACUGUCCGGAACCAGAAAACAGUGGUGAUAUAGUUGAUACCGAAAUGUCACCGACUGUUGAUGAGGAAGAAGAAGAUGGAGAGGCAUGCGAGGAUGAUGCUCAAGACAGUGCUAAUGAAGAUAUGGCGAAUGAAAAUAACGUGUCUGAUGACAGCUGCUGCAUUGUCGAAGAACAGACACAUGAACGGUGUGAGAGAAGUGAAGAUAGCGAUUGUUGUAUAAUCGAAGAUGACGAAAGAGUGACCUUAGAUGGAAUUAUAAACGAAGAUAUUGAAAACAUCGAAAAUGACGGAAAGGCGGCCUUAGAAGGAGUUGUUAACGAUGGUAUCGAAAACAUGGAAGCAAAUUCAGUGAGUAUGAAAAACCCGUCGGAAAAUCAAAAGGAAGAUAUGGAAUUGGAUGGAGUAAUAGUUAAUAGUGAUGACGAUUGCUGCAUUAUCGAUGAUUGA